GUUUAUGAGACUUUUUUCCUGCCCUUCAUUUGUGUGCUUCUGUUCUCCAGCUACAUGAAGCUAAAUUCAAUAUUGUCAAGUGCAAGUGUUAGGAAGGUUGUAAUUCACAUGCACGCAGGCUUAUUGUGUUUUUGCAUUACUGUUGGUGUUGAAUUACGACAUUUUCCUUUGAACAUUUCCCUUAUUGUGCAUUUAUAUUCCCCCUUCCUUCGCAGAUAUAGAGAGCCUGAAUAAGUCUGUGAACUACUGUAUGUGGAGACAUGAAGAGCAACAGCAGCCUGAACCCUCCCUACUUUCAGUUGACUCUGUUUGCAGACUUUGGGCCCCUCAGAUACCUGUUCUUCAUCUUGUGUCUGUUCAUCUAUGUGACUAUAGUCUCUGCUAACAUGGUCAUUAUUCUGGCAGUGUUCCUGGAGAAGGCUCUGCAUCAGCCCAUGUAUAUUUUCAUCAGCUCUCUGUGUGUAAACUCUCUGUUUGGCUCAGCUGGAUUCUUCCCCAGGUUCCUGCAGGACAUCGUCUCUGACACUCAUUUGGUCUCACGUCCAUUAUGCUUUAUUCAGAUGUAUGUUAUUUACACCUAUGCUUGCUGUGAGAUGACCAUCCUCACCAUCAUGGCCUACGACAGAUUCAUUGCUAUCUGUCAGCCCUUACACUACCACAGUAAAAUGACCUUCAAAUGGGUGCAGGUUCUUGUGCUCGUUGCUGUUUUAUACCCAGUAUUUACUAUUGGCUUCUGCGUCUAUCUUACUGUUAGAUUACCGCUGUGUGGAAAUAAACUGAACCGGAUUUUCUGCUCUAACUGGCCUGUGGUGCAGCUCUCCUGUGUGGACACCACUCCAAACAACAUAGCUGGUCAGUUUCUCUCGGUGACCAUCAUCUUCAUCCCCCUAUUCUUCGUCCUGUACACAUAUCUACAGAUUCUGCUGGUCUGCAGGAAGAGAUCGUCUGAAUUCAGAGGAAAGGCGUUACAAACCUGCCUGCCUCACAUCGUGUCCUUUAUGACCUACUCCAUCUCUCUCUUCCUCGAGGUGUCUUUAACUCGAUUUGAGGCUGAUCAACUGAAUCCAAGCAUCACAGUUAUUUUGUCUUUAGCGUAUCUGUUCAUUCCCCCCCUCAAUAACCCUAUCGUGUAUGGCCUGGGUCUGCCUCAAAUCAAAGGAGUCGUGUUGAGAUUUCUGAAGAAGGGUCCUGCUGCUGAAAUAUAAAAGGAAUAUGUUGACCAUGUUAGAUUGUGUUUCCUAUCAUAAUUAUUUAAAGGGAUACAUGAUUAGAUAGAGAUCAACAUAAAGCACAACAACAAUAUUGUAUAUGCUCGAUUUAACUCAGAUUUGGCUUGAAUUUCCCUCAAAUGUUAAAAUAUCACUAUUCUGUUAAAUGUAAUAGAUUUAAAGUUAGAACACAUAUUAUGUUCUGCCUCUUCAUGCAUAUUUAAGGUCAAUAUUAUAAUGUAUUUUAUUUGAACAUGUCCUCAUAAAAGUAGAUUUGACAGGAAUUCAGGUUUACUGUAUGUUAGGCAUUGUGAUGUUACACCACUUACUGUUAUUGUGUUUUAAUAUUUUGUUGUGAAUCAU